CUUAUUGUUGUUUGUCUGUAACGAAAAAUGAUAUGUUAGUUUUUAGCACAAAGAUGUCGUUUCUAUUAUUUGAUAUGUUUAUCUACCUUUUUUUAAUUAAGUCAAUAUGAGACAGUCUAAUGGUUAAAACAAUGUGUAAAACUGAGUGCAGACGAGUACCAUAUUAACCAAUAAUUGUGAAUCAAAUUCCGACAAAGCUCAAUUAUUUCUGCUACUAGAUAUUUCAGGAGUGGUUAUUGAGUAUUUUCUUGGUAUUUCCAUCGACGUAUGAGUGCGGGUGAUCGUCGCCAACUGACUGGGUUUUUAAACCCUGAGUUUUAUGGACUUCGGAUGCCUCAAGCUGAACUGAAGAAAUUGCUUGAGGCACUAAAUCAACCACAACCGUGUUCACUUUCAAGUAAUAAACCGUUACUGGCAUUAGAACUCGAUUGUUGUGUUAUUCCUAUUCGAAAUAACUUAAAACUUAUCCAAACAACCGACUUCUUUUAUCCUCUGAUUGAUGAUCCUUACACUAUGGGUCGAAUUACGUGCUGUAAUGUACUAAGUGAUUUGUAUGCAAUGGGCGUAGUUGACUGUGAUAAUUUGCUUCUAUUGUUGGGUGUUCCACGUGAAAUGACCCAAGAAGAACGCGAAAUAUCAAAUCGCUUAUUGAUGGAGGGUUUUAAGGACUGUGCAUUGGAAGCUGGAACAUAUGUUCGUGGAGGACAAACUGUAUUGAGUCCAUGGUUAAUGAUUGGUGGUGUAGCAACUUCAGUUUGCAGUGAUUCAGAGUAUAUUAUGCCGGAUCAAGCUGCAGUGGGUGACGUCUUAGUACUCACAAAACCUUUGGGCACCCAAGUAGCUGUUUCAGUUUACUACUGGAUGCUAGAGGAUAGUCCAUCUUGGUCUGGAAAUCUAGCCAAUAUCAUCACGUCAGAUAAAGUAAAGAGUCUGUUUCAUUCUGCUACUCUCUCCAUGACUCAUUUAAACCGAACAGCUGCUCGACUAAUGCAUAAACAUCACGCCCACGGGUGUACUGACGUAACAGGUUUCGGUCUUUUGGGUCAUGCAAAUAAUUUAGUCCAAGUUCAGGCAAACAAUCACUUAGCCUUCAGCAUUCAUACUUUGCCGUGUCUUGAAGGAAGCUCGUUGAUUUCCAGGGCAUUAAACGAUCGGUUAAAACUACUUCAAGGUUUUUCUCCAGAAACAUCAGGUGGUCUGUUGAUUGUUCUUCCCCGAGAAUCUGCCCAAUCUUUUUGUGAAGAGCUAACAGGUGAAAUUGGAUGUCCAUCAUGGAUAAUUGGAGAUGUAAUAGAAGCCGAUUCAAAAAGCGCUUUCCUUGUUCCACAACCAGAAGUCAUAGAUGUUCAACAUUCACAAAUCAUCCCACCAAAAUGUUCGACUAAUAGCCAGUAA